CACAAGAUCGCUCUCAUAGCCAUUCCUCUCACAUCAACAUACAUGUUCAAAAAACAGUUACUCUAUUGAAUGAAGAUAAAAGGAAAUGUGGAAAUUUGACACUAGCAGAUGCUGAAUGUGGUGGAGAAUGGAAAAACACAAUAAACAGGUUCAGGCCUUAUUCAUCUUCUUCAUUCUGUGUAUAAUACCAUCGAAGGAUGGAGGUUCAGUUAAUGCUAGAAGCUUGUGGGGAAAGAAAGUGGAUUUCAUGAAGAAGGACUGUGCUUACUGGAUGCUGAAAAAUGAAUACAAAAUCCCUGCUCUGGAUGAGCUAAGUGUUUGUGUGAACAUAAGGAGGAAGCUCAGCAAUUCACACUGGACCGUGUUCACAUACGGGCACCCUAAUAAGACAAGCAUAGAGCUUGGAAUGAAGGGAUAUGGAUCAGACCUCCAAAUCAUAAUGUUUGGGAGAAUCUGGUCCAGUCUGAACAAUUUGAUAUCUUUGGAAAACUGGCAUUCAGUUUGCAUGACCUGGUCCAGGUCUAUGACCGAGCCAAAAGUCUAUGUGAAUGGAACCCAAGUAGGAUUAAAGAGACAGACUACAAGACUGGCUUUGUCCCCUUACUGCUGUAGCGUGGCCGCUGGUGGCACUCUGACUUUAGCUGUGACCCACAAUUUUGUAAAGAACAGGAUAAGCAUUGAGACAGGCACUGAACUGAAGGGCAGCUUAAGUUUGUUCAGGGUGUGGGGACGAGUACGAAGCGCUGAAGACAUAUCUGGGAUGGCCUGCACUGAUGGUGAUAUUCUGCAUUGGGAGGAACGAAUCUGGAACAAAUCCCCGGACUGUAAGCCUGUAGAAGACGUUACGCAAAAGUGCGACUGGCCUUAUUAUGAAGUUAAAUUAGUGCUUAUCAUCCUUCGUCAAGACGGAAACAAAACAGACAUUUACGACGCUCGAGAAGUUGCACAUCAGUGGUUGACAAAAGCAUUAGAAGAGUUAAAAUUGUUGCCGACAAGCAUAUAUUUGCAUAAAGUCAGAGUGUAUCCUUUAGGAAGCGCUGUUAGACAAUCCAGUGGAAAUGCAAAGGGGGGAACCAUGCAGCUGAGGGCCACCAGUCCUGGACUCAGCCGGUUUCACUGCGUGGCUCACCUGAAUGUGGUUCCUAGUGUUGAUAUAGGACAAAUGCAGGAUGAACUCCUUGAGAUCCUCGCCAAGCGUUACAUGAUUGACCACUACGAAAUAAUUACCGAUGCUAACUUCAUCUACAUAUAUCCUCUUGAUGACCUCCUGUCAGACCCAGUCACAGACUUAUCCAUAACAUCCACUGAGUCAACCACAGUUCCUCAGACGUCUACGACUACUGAAAUUAUUACAACUGCAAAAACAACAAGCACAACACCCAUACAAGUGGCAUCAACAACAGAAUUAGUUUCAUCCUCAACUGAAACAAGAAUAACUACCUCCACACCAUUCAUGGAAACAACCUUGGCAGGAAUUUCAACAACUGUUAAAGAAACAACUGUUUUAUCCUCCACAACAAGUCUUACUAGUACAUUAAAUACAACCACAUGCUCUUCUACUAUUUCACCUGAAGGAAACAUAUCAGAAAGUUAUUUCAAUGUGAAUGUGAAUGUGAGUAUAGAUGUCUCUGGUGACCCUGAGAACAUAAUUACAACCUGGCUUCAUGAAACUCUUUCUAGUAAAGGAAUACGCGUGUUGCAUUUCAAACUCUUGACGUCCUCAACACACGCACGAAAACGAAGUGUGGAAACAACAUCAUUCAAAGUGGAUAGAAAGCGAUCCCUGAUUUUAGUAACAAGCCAUAGCUUUGUCUUUCAUGCCCAGGUUACAACUUCCUCAAACAUCACAGAGAUAGAAAAACUGAUUCUUGGGCUUCUGGAUAAACCAUACGCCAGUGGAACAGUACUCAUAGAUGCCCAACCCGAACAUAUUUUCAUUUCUUAUAUUGGGCCAUGUCCUGAGCACAGCCAUCAGACCCGACAAGGGCUUUUCAACUGGCCUCAAUCUGGGGUUCAGCACAACGCUUCACUUUCCUGUGUGGGAAACCCUGAAAAGACAGCAUAUAGGCAAUGUUUUCUGGAUGCAAACUCUAACAAUGCUCUUUGGAAGCCUCCAGACCUGGGGCAAUGCCAGGUUGUGGUCCACAGUGUGUCAGAUUUAGAGGACAUCAUAGUCACUAAUGACAAUGCAGAAGACAUUCUGAUCAUGAUUGGUGAUUUGGUACAUGAGAAAAAAGAUCUGGAUGAGUCCGACCUCUCAGUGGUACUGGAUAUAUUAGCCGAUGUGAUUAACGUUAGCGUGAUCACGCCUCUGAUAGGAGAGUUUAUCAUCAACAUCACGUCUGACAUCCUGGAGUCUGAGAGCAACUUGCUGCCUUUCACCAACAGUAUUCUGAACAUCACAGAGUCUGUUGGAGACCAGAUGUUUGGGUUCCCUGGAGAGUCACUCAGUUUAACAGCAUCUGCCUUAGCAAUAUCAGUGGUCAAUAUUGACCAAGGAAAUUUUCACAACCUCACCUUUGGAGUCUCAUCCACUAACAAAGGCUUAAACCCUGAGAUUUAUAUCAACCGGGAGCCUUUUGAUGGUACAGUGGCCUUCAUUUCUCUGCCCUCUGAAAUACAAGAGAGAUUCCCCAUCAAGAACAACACCAGCCCACGUGUGUUGUUUCAGUUUUACGGUGUUCCAACUCUUUUUCAAAUAAAGAAUGACCCAAAUGGGAAAAAACUGAACACUUUCGUGGUGUCUGUAAGUGUGACUAAUGCCACAGGACCCAUUGAAAACCUAAAAGAAUAUGUUGCAGUCACUCUGCACCAUCUAACAACUAAAACUAAAGACCAGGAUGUCCAAUGUGUCUACUGGGAUUUCAACAAGAAUGAUGGAUACGGAGGAUGGAAUCCAAAGGGGUGCUGGACGUAUAAUAGCAGCAGUGAUUACACAACCUGUCUGUGUGAUCACAUGACCCACUUUGGAGUGCUGCUGGAUGUGUCCAGAACUCCAAUUGAUGAGAAGAAUGAGCAAAUCCUCACUCUUAUUACAUACAUAGGCUGUGGUGUGUCUUCAUGCUUUCUUGGGAUCACAGUGCUAACAUACACCCUUUUAGAGAAAUUAAGAAGAGACUACCCAUCCAAAAUUCUGUUGAAUCUGUGUCUUGCAUUACUGGGACUGAACCUGGUGUUCCUGCUGAACUCCUGGAUUUCUUCUUUUGGCAUCCAUGGCCUGUGCAUUGCAGUGGCAGCGACUUUACACUAUUUCUUACUGACUUCCUUUACCUGGAUGGGCUUGGGGGCUGUGAAUAUGUACUUUGCUUUGGUUAAAGUUUUCAAUGUGUAUGUGCCCUCAUACAUCUUGAAAUUCUGCCUGCUUGGCUGGGGGAUUCCGCUUAUUAUGUGUGGCUUGGUGGUGGCUGUAAAGAGAGAUGCAUAUGGCAUGAACGCCAUGAAUGAUUCCCAAAUAACACUGGAUGAUUCGGAAAUGUUCUGCUGGGUGCAAGAUGAUGUGGUUUUCUAUGUGUCAGUUGUGAGCUACAUAGCCUUCAUACUACUAUGCAAUGGCUCCAUCUUCUUAGUGGUUCUGAUACAGAUCCGAAACAUGCAAGCCAAUCAACCGGCCGGCACCCGAAGUGGGAUCUUAAAAGACCUGCGGGCCGUAGCGAGCCUUACCUUCUUAUUGGGUCUCACCUGGUCUGUGGUUUUUCUCGCUUGGGGUCCUGUCAAAGUGUUUUUUCUCUACCUGUUUUCCAUACUGAACAGUCUUCAAGGGUUCUUUAUUUUUGUGUUCCAUUGUCUCAUGAAGGAAAAUGUACGCAAGCAAUGGAGAAUACAUUUAUGUUGUGGUGCUUUCAAGCUACAGGAAUACUCUGAAUGGAGCCAAACUGCAACUGUGGUUCCCAAACACAAACCCAAUCCACCAAAUACAUUUCCUUUCAUGGCGUCUGUGAGAUCCAUAAAGUCUAAUUCAACUCAGAGCUCAACGGUUUCCUCAGAAUCCAGCCAACAUCAAAUGACUAUCACAAGAACCGACCUUGGAUUUGUAUAUGAUAACAGUUCAGUAAUACCAAGAGCCAAAGCAGGAUUGACGGUUCUUCCCUACGAUACAUCUCCUGCCACAGCAAGUGGGCUUGAGUUUCCUGCAAAGCCAUGGAGGAAUGGAUUUGACACAGAUAUCUAUCCAACAUAAAUGUGACUGUUUUUUCGUUGCUCUGUACUGAAGCAACUGGUAACUUUCAAUUUGGCUGUUAAGAAAAAUGAGUGAAUAGACAUGUUUCAUGAAAUAAUAGUACAAUCAAGAAAAAAAAUGUUGACAUCUAUAAAUCUGGUUUAAUUGGGAGCCAAUGCACCUAUGCUUAUGUCAAUAUGUAUACCAUAUAUUUAACUGUAUAAAUGUAUAAUUUGUAUU